AUGAGUGUACAGGCCUCAAAGCUGCAGGUUGAGCAGUUUCCUUGCUUGAACGACAACUACGGUACACCUGAUCAUCUCUUGAUGACAUCUUGUGCAGGGCUCACAGCAGCCAUCGAUACGCCAGAGCUAAAGCCGUACCUCCAUGUCCUGGAAAGAAAGGGGUGGAAGCUUGACUACAUAUUGAACACGCACCAUCAUUUCGAUCACGCAGGUUGCAACCUGGAACUGAAGAAGUCGACAGGGUGCAAGGCAAGUGAAAUCGUUGGACCAAAAGGAGAGAAAGACAAGAUUCCUGGAAUCGACAUCGCUGUUGACCAGGGUGACACAUUCGAUUUCGGAGCCAAGAAAAUUCAUGUCCUGAAUGUGGGGGGCCACACCCAUGGGCACAUAGCGUACUUCCUUCCGGAGGAGAACUGUGCGUUCGUUGGAGACUCCUUGUUCGCUCUCGGAUGUGGCAGGCUCUUCGAAGGUACAUUCCCGCAGAUGUACGACUCCCUUCAACGCCUUGCAAGUCUACCCGAUGACACGGUCUUGUACUGUGCCCACGAGUACACCAUGAGCAACGCGAAGUUUGCCUUAUCAGUGGAGCCCGGCAACCCGAUGCUGCAGAAGCGAUUCGAGCAGAUCAAAAAAUUGAGGGAGGUCGGCAACCCCACGGUGCCUUCGCUCCUCUCAGAGGAAAAGGCUACCAAUCCCUUCCUCAGAACGAGCAGCCCUGAGAUACGAAAUUCAUUAAAGCUGUCGCCUGACGCUAAGGACGUCGAAGUCUUCGCUGCCAUUCGCAAGGCUAAGGACAACUUCUAA